AUUGUUUAUAACGUUUAAUAUUACAUUUUAUAAUUAUGGGUUAUGGAAAAUUUGGACCAUUGAUAGGUGCUAUUGAUGAGGGCACAUCAAGUGCCAGAUUUUUGGUGUUUGCUGCAAAAAAUGCUGAAGUUCUAACAUAUCACCAGAUUCCUAUAAAACAAAUUUAUCCUAAGGAAGGAUGGGUCGAGCAAGAUCCUAAAGAAAUUUUGCAUUCUGUUUUGCAAUGUAUUGAGGAGAGUGUUGAAAAUUUGAAAAAACUGGACAUUGACCCCACCGAUAUCAUAACCACUGGUUUAACAAAUCAAAGAGAAACCACAAUUGUGUGGGAUAAAUUCACUGGGCAACCAUUGUACAAUGCCAUAGUUUGGUUGGAUAUCAGAACCACCGAGACAGUUGACCUCCUCCUGCAAAAGAUACGUAACAAGAGCAAGGAUCAUUUGAAACACAUUUGUGGACUGCCAAUAAGUACAUAUUUCAGUGCAGUCAAAUUGCGUUGGCUCAUAGAUAAUGUGCCAGAAGUGAAAACUGCAAUUGAUGCUGGUCGUUGUUUAUUUGGCACUGUUGAUAGCUGGCUAAUAUGGAAUUUAACUGGUGGUGUAAACGGUGGUAUACAUAUGACAGAUGUUUCAAAUGCAUCUCGUACAAUGCUUAUGAAUUUAAGCACUUUGGAAUGGGAUCCUGCUCUUUGCAAAUUUUUUGAUAUACCGAUGAGCAUACUUCCUGAAAUCAAGAGCAGUUCCGAAAUAUAUGGCUACUUGGCUGAAGGAGCUUUGAGAAAUCUACCCAUAUCUGGAUGUUUAGGUGACCAACAGUCGGCUCUUUUGGGUCAAAAUUGUACACAGCAAGGACAGGCUAAAUGCACAUAUGGCACGGGAUGCUUUUUAUUAUAUAAUACAGGUUCAGCAAUAAUCCAGUCCACCCACGGCCUUUUAAGUACAGUUGGUUACAAAUUAGGACCAAACGCUCCUACCACAUAUGCCUUGGAAGGAUCUGUAGCUGUAGCAGGAGCUGCAAUACAAUGGCUGAGAGACAACUUAGAGGUGAUAUCAGAUGCCAAAGAAUCUGAAGAACUUGCCAACAGUGUUGAUAAUUGUGGUGAUGUUUAUUUUGUUCCUGCUUUUUCUGGCCUGUAUGCACCUUACUGGAGGAAGGAUGCAAGAAGUGUCAUUUGUGGUUUGACUGAAAACACUAAACCUGGUCAUAUAAUCAGAGCUGCCUUGGAAUCUGUCUGUUUCCAAAUUCAUGAUAUUUUGCAUGCAAUGAGUUUGGAUUGCUCGCUUCCUUUGAGCAAACUUUUGGUCGAUGGGGGCAUGACUAAUAAUGAUCUACUUAUGCAGACGCAAGCCGAUCUUUGUGGAAAACCAGUUGUUAGACCAUUGAUGUGCGAAACAACAGCUUUGGGUUGUGCGAUGGCUGCAGGAAUGGCAGCUGGCAUCAAUGUUUGGGAGAUGCAGAGCAAUGCUGUUCCUCAUGAUAUAUUUUAUCCAAAUAUCACUGAUGAUCAUCGCGAUAUGAGAUAUUCCCGGUGGAAAAUGGCUGUGCAGAGAAGUUUAGGUUGGGAACCAGAAGAAAAAAAGAAAAUAAAAUGGGAUCGUAAGCAAAAAAUGAAGGCUUCAAUACCAGCUAGUUUAUUCAUUUUAUCAACAUUUAUCAUAUUGACUUUAGCUAGUCUGAAAAGCCAGUCAUAGAUUUUAAUUU